AUGGAUACCAAACAGACUACACCUAUUGUCUUCGGACUCAAUCUUAACGGUUGUCCUGAGCCUCUCAUCAGCCCGACCGGCUCAUCACCAGACAUUCUCAUAAUCGGAGGUGGCGUUACAGGUCUCGUCACUGCCUGGGUUCUCCUCGAUCGAGGAUACAAGGUCACUAUUGUCGCCAAGGAAUGGGGAACCUAUACAUCAAAGCAACGGCUCACGUCUCAAAUCGCAGGAGCAUUGUGGGAGUUCCCCCCAGCAGCUUGUGGCCAACACACAGAUAUCAUAUCCUUGAGCCACUCUAGACAUUGGUGCAUGAUUGCAUACAAGGUUUGGGAAGCUAUGGCCGCUGAUCCUGUGCUAUCUGCCGCGUCGGGAGUUAGGAUGCGAACUUCUGCCUUCUACUUUACGUCGAAGAUUGAAGACACUCCUUCGCAACUAGUCAAAAUGCUCGAGAUCCAGAACAGUGGCGUAAAGGGCUUUCGACGCAACAUAGAUAUUAUACACACUCAAGAUCUGAACCCCACUGUCGGUGUUGUCGAUGCUUACGAGCACUUGGCUCCAGUCAUUGAUACCGACACUGCAAUGAAAUGGCUGAUGGGACUCGUUCAAGGAAAGGGUGCGAAGCUGGUCACAGAGACUAUUCACGGCAGCUUGCUCUCCCAAGAACAAAAUCUUCGAGCUCGAUUAUCUGCCGAUGUGAUCGUCAAUGCCACUGGACUUGCAGGUGCGGAAAUUGCAGGAGGCAACACGUGCUAUCCAAUCAGAGGAGCUCUCCUUCGAGUUAUCAAUGAUGGCAAAGACUUUGAAAAGGUCUCGAAUGCCUUGGUAUUGACGGCAGAUGAUGCUGGCAAUGCCGUUAACGAGAUGGUUUUCAUUGUCCCGCGUAAUGAGAACAUCUUGCUCUUAGGCGGCAUUGCUCAACCGAACGAGUGCAACCUUGAUCUGACGCUUGAUUCUGCAGUCAUUCAAAGAAUCAGACAACGAUGUGAGACAUUCCUGCCACGUCUUAAAAAUGCUCGCUUGGAUCUUGAGUACCCCCUGGCUCAAGGUCUACGCCCAUUUCGAAAGUGUAAUGUACGACUUGAGCGAGAGCUUGGGGAACAUGACAUCGAAGAAGGACUUCCAUCGAAGCGGAGUCGAAUCGUACACUCAUAUGGCCAUGGGGGAGCCGGUUGGAGUCUCUCGUUCGGUUGUGCGGAGGACGCUGUUGGCUUGAUUGAGGAUAUUUUACGUGAAGGUAUGUAA